GGAACGCCUCGGCAGCAUCAGUCAUUGCCUGCUCGCAGUCUACCACCUCCAGCAGCGGCAAUGAGGAUCCUGGUGUGCGUGUUGCUGUUCGGACUGGCUCUGGCCGAGGAGAAGCAAGUGGAAAAGCGUGGGCUGAUUGGCUCCCUGGGUAGCUAUGGCGGCGGUGGGUACGGAUCGACUAUCGACCACGGCAUCGGCGCCAGCAGCUACAGCAGCGGCGGGAUCAGUGGUGGAUACGGGGGUGGCUACGCUGGUGGUUAUGGAGGUGGCUUUGGAGGCGGCUAUGGAGGCGGCUAUGGAGGCGGCAUCGCCUCUGCUGUUGGAGGCGCUCGAGUCACCAACAUCGCCAUCACCAAGCAGGUGCCCAUCCCAUACCCAGUACCAGUGCAGCGUACUGUCCCAGUACCAGUCAGGGUUCCUGUCACAGUGCCAGUCAACAGGCCUGUGCCAGUGCCCGUCCCACAGCCGUACCCUGUCCCCGUGCAGAGGCCAGUCCCAGUACCCGUGAGUGUCCCUAGCCCAGUCCCCGUACCAGUACCACAGCCCGUCGUCGUCAACCAGCCGGUACCUGUCGUCGUGGGAGGCGGAGCUGGUGUCGGCGGAGGUCUCGGAGGUGGCUACGGAGGCGGCAUUGGCGGAGGCUACGGUGGAGGCUAUGGAGGAGGCUAUGGCGGUGCCAUCGGCGGUGGCUACGGUGGUGGCUACGCUGGGGGUAUCUCUGGAGGCUAUGGAGGCUACGGGAAAUACAGCCACUAACAUCAGCAGCUGACCCCAACAUCUCAAACGAAACACGACACCAGAGAUUCAUUCUUUAUGCUUUACAUAUUUAUGUAUAGCAGAAAAUAAAUGAGAUGCACGAAAUA